GGUGAUGGUGGUACCAUAUGAAGACCAGGGCUAUUCCUCCCUGCGUAGGGAGUGUCAGCAGCGUCGAGUCCUGUUUGAAGACUCUGUGUUUCCGGCUACGGACCAGUCUCUGUUCUACAAGACCAACCGCAUAGGAACCAUCACCUGGAAGAGACCUAAGGUACCACACACUGACAGGAGGGGUGGGUGUGUGUGUGUGUGUGUGUGUGUGUGUGUGUGUGGGGGGGGGGGAUAGGAGAGUUAAACUUCAUAUUCAUAAUCUCCAGCACCAAACCAGUGUCUACGUAUGUGAAAACAGUGCGUUUCUAUGAUCUGUGGUUAAAAAGAAAAGUAAGGUCCCCAAAAUAUUAUCUGUGACAUCACAGGUUAGGAUUAAAAGUAAAAAAUGUGAUUUUCAAAACUUGCAAUGAGUUUCUAGCCAGAGGGAGAGUAUUUUCUUGCUCACCACAUCACCACGAAUCUCAUAGUGUUUGAAAAUCACCGUUUUUAAGAGUCCAUGUUAACGCAGAAACUGACUCAACCGCACUAAUGCCUGGCAGUCCCGUCUUCAGUCAGCUGUUCCUCAUUUUAUUUUCACAGUCUUCAUCCGUAACCGUCGGUUAAACGGUAAUUGUGGCAGCCCUAGAGUUAAGGUGUUUGAAUAAGCAUCCGACUGACAGUUUGGGUACGUCAUGUCACAGCUAUUCAGAGAGAGAGGUGGAGAGGAUGAGAAAGAAAGUGGGGAUAAAUCAAGAAUAGAACGGAAGAGAUGUGGUUCUCUAUGAACCCUUCGAUCGGGGUAUGUAUGUGUGUGUGUGUGUGCAUUUCCCCAACCUUUGCGCCAUUACCAACCAAACAGGAGUGGUAGUAGUUAAUCUUAUUUAAUGAGGAAAAGUAUAAAAACCACUGCUGUGGUCAUCACUAUCCUCUUGCAAUAGGACCAGCUGGAUGGUAAAAACAGUACUAAUAUAUAAACAAAUGAAAAUUAACAAAAUAUACUCUUAAAAUAAAAAUUAGAAAAAUAUAAAAAAUGUCCCACUAGCUAUCAUAAGGUGAAUGCACCAAUUUGUAAGUCGCUCUGGAUAAGAGCGUCUGCUAAAUGACGUAAAUGUAAAUAAUAUAUCUAUGGUAUUCCUGUUUUUGUCCAGCCUUGCUCCAACACAGCAGCUGAUCAAGCCCAAGGCAAAAUGUUACUUCUCACCCAGUGAAAUUCCUUAGGAGGGCCUCCUGGUUCAGAGAAAGAGCGAGUGUGGUUAGAGCAGCGAACCAUGGAAUGAGUUGAGAAACAGAUCCACCCUACAGUAUGUUAGACUUACUGAUCUUCUUUGGGAGUGUACCAGAGGUUUUUAUCACCUAUGUCUUUCACAAUACCUCUGAUCCCCCUGUUAACAGUAGUGUCUAGUACAGUGUAGUCCCAAAGAGUAGCUUAGUGUGGUCUGCUUCUCUUCCUCUUCCUCUGCCUCAUCCUCUCCUGUUCCUGCUCCGGGGCCUGUCCUACCGCACCCUGCCCAGAGAGGCUACUCUCUGCUGAGGCUGAGGGAUGGAGCAGGAAGGGGUGGAGAAGGGAGUUAAUGAUCUGUGGUUCUAGAGGUCCCAACUUGCACCCUAUUCCCUGCACAGUGCACUACUUCUGAUCAGAGCGCUUUGGGCCCUGUUCAUAUGUAGUGCACUAUAGGGAAUAGGGUGCCAGUUGGGACGCAUCCAGACUGUUGGGUAACCCUCCCUCCACCCAAGCCUUCCAUUAGUGGUCAGCUCAGAGAGAGCAGCACAGCCACAUAAAAAGUCUCUGAGUGCCAUGAAUUAACAUGAUGGAGAGGAAGAGAGAGAACUUUAUCACUAAUGGUUCUCUUGGCUUCUACUCAUAAGCAUCUCAGAAACAAGACCGUCUCUCUUCUUCAUCUUUCUAUCUCUCUCUCUGUCUCUCUCUCCCUCCCACCCUCCCCCUCUAUGUGUUAACCCCAUGUUGUCUCCUCCCCCCUCUAUAGGAGCUGUGUGUUAAUUUCAUUUUAAUUUACAAUCUGAUACAAGGGCACGCAGUCCGACUGCUCUGAACUCUAAUUCACAUACAGUAUAAGAGACAUUACUUAGCAUUGUAAUUCUAGCUUUAACGCCAUGUUGUCUCUCCUUCUCUAUAGGAGCUGUGUGAUAACCCCAAGUUGUUUGUGAAUGGUAUCAGUGCUCAUGACCUCCUCCAGGGCCAGCUGGGGAACUGUUGGUUCGUAGCUGCCUGCUCCUCCCUGGCAUCCAGAGAAAGUCUGUGGCAAAAGGUAAGACUCCCUGGCUGUGUGCAUGUCAUGCGUGUGUUUGCCUUGGGUGUGUGACGUGCAGUAGGAGGAUGUGAUUAGAGACCUGAUCGAGAAGGAUUGACACUUUUCCCCCACCACAAACACACGGAAUGAUUUGGAGUUUAUUAUUGUUUCCGACUCCUAUUUGGAAGAGUGGCUUGUGUUUGUGCGUGUGCGUGUCUUGGUGUGGCCCUUCUGAGAUGUCAGUGUGUAUUUUUUCCACUGAGUUCACAGUGAAUCAUUAGCAUUUUUGUGUUCAACUUUCCACCACUUCAGAGAGGCUCUGCCUAGCUCCUUACCCCUAACCCCUAGCUCCUAGUGUGAAGGACGUCACUCCAUUGUCCCUGUCCGUUCAAGGGCUCAAAAUAGUAGUCCUUUGCUUUACAAGCACACAUGACUGCACCACUGAAAAGGUACCAAUUGGGCAGCGCCAUUGAUGAUAUUUCAAGCUGUGGAGUGAUCUUACUGGCGUGAUCUAACGCCGUACCCCUACCUCACUAAAUCAUUACUGAUCUUUCAUCUGAAACAACUGAGCAGGUUUAUUAUGUUCCUCCUGAACAGCUGCUGUUGGGUUGGAGAGCUGAUUUCACCCCAGAGACAGAGCUGGCAGGAGAGACCUAAGUAGACCGGGUCGAUGAAGAGUUCUAAGCAUUUUCUGUUCAUUUCCCGGAUUAUUCUACAUGUUGAAUCGCCACUGUUAGUCGACACCCAGAAGGUGAUCUACUGCACACGACCGACGUUCAUUAUGGUGUGUCGACGUUCAUUAUGGUGUGUCUUCCUCUUAACACAGGCUCUCUGGAUAAAGCUCUCUCCCCUCGUGCUGGGAUUGUUGACCAACUGAGUGUCCGGUACAAGACUGUGUUAGUCUGCUGAGCUAAAGCCUCAGGCAAGGUCACUUGUCUUCACUAAACUACCCCUGUUACACUUGCACCGUAUUUACCAAUAUUAUUAGCUCCCAGGGAAUAUCUUGUUGUUAUGAGUAGUAGUGGUUUGUGUGUGUGUGUGUGUUUUGGACAUAAUUACCUGUUGCUUAGUCCUGGUGUUUAAUUACAUGUUCUAUCAAGAGAGCAACGAUGUGUUCUAGAAGCAGCUCGUUAACACACACAGUAGAAUUAAUUGGACCAGACUGUACCUUCCUACUGUCCCCUCUACCCCAACAACACACACACACACACACACACACACACACACACACACACACACACACACACACACUGUUAUUAAUCCAGUGGGAGGGUGCUGCAGUAUCUGCUCCAGAUCACUCACAUGAACACACUCGCUUUCUCUCUCUCUCUCUUUGUCUGUCUCUGUCUCGAAAGUGUUACAUUUGCCUUCUGGCAUGUAGUCUACCACUUGUCCAUUGUGUGUGAGCGAGAGAGAGAGAGAGUGUAUUGAUUGCCCUAUGAAUGAACAGCAACCGUAGCUACUGUAGCCUGAGGCUAAGCCGUCUCUAUCCUGUCCCCUGUCCUGGCCAUUAACACACACACAGCAGGACAGAGUACCUACAGCUCUUUAUUGGACAGCAGUAGAGGACAUGGCCAGUUUAAAGUAUACUGUUGCGAUAUUUCAUGCAAAGUGAAUAUGGUAACUACUACAUCAGUGCAGUGUAAUAGGAGAGUAAAACAGUGUAGAUUAGAGUCAUAGUACAGUAGGUAGUUGGAGUUACAUUGCAGCAUUGGUUCUCUAAUAUUUCCUAUAAAUAAGGAUGAGAACAAGCUAUUCAUAUCAUUCAGGUUUUCAAUAUAAAUGUACAGGUAACUGCCAAAAUAAUGGAAACACUUGAGUAAAUGAGGGAUACAAAGUAUAUUGAAAGCAUCUGCUUCCACAAAGGUGUGGUUCCUGAGUUAAUUAAGCAAUUAACAUCCCAUCAUACUUAGGGUCAUGUAUAAAUUCUGAGUUCUGGAGCGGCUGAGACUGCGUUUUCCACCACCAUCAACAAAACACCAAAUGAUGGAAUUUCUUCUGGAAGAAAAGUGUCGCAUCCCUCCAAUAGAGUUCCAGACACUUAUAGAAUCUAUGCCAAGGUGCAUUGAAGCUGUUCUGGCUCGUGGUGGCCCAACGCCCUAUUAAGAGACUUUGUGUUGGUGUUUCCUUUAUUUUGGCAGUUACCUGUAUCUAUAGGAUUAUAAACUCCUAAAUUAGUGAUUCUGCAGCCUACUGUUACUACUGUGUAACUACUGUACCUUUAUCAGAAGAUGGUUUCUAGCAGGUUGUUGAGUGACAUGCAUAGAUAGUAGGGGUGUAACGAUUCGUUUUAACAACGAUUCGAUUUGUAUCACGAUUCGUGGUUGUCGAUACGAUUCAAGGACGAUAUUGGUUCAUUUAGAACGAUACGAUCCGAAACGAUUCAGUGACUUGAAAUCGAUUCAGUAACCUUUUAGCCAAAAAUUCAACCAGUGUGACUGAAAUAAAUACCUGGAUACUGGACAGUGCAGGUGAAGUUUCCUAGAUUCCUGUUUCUUGUAAGGACCGCAAUGGUGGCUUGAUAAUUUCUCGCUCGUCGGCUUCUCCUCUGUCGUCCGCCAUGCUAUGUUUUGUUGUCUUGGCGCCUUUGCGCUGCUGCUGGCGCGAUGACGUCACGGAUAGGCAGACUGAAUCGAGUAAUGUUUAAAGCCUUUAUCAUUAAAAGUGCUAAGAAAAAACAUCCAUAUAAAGUCUGACGUGCUUAAAUCCAAUGGGUUAUUUCCUAGUAUCGAUACAAUCGAUUUAUUACAUUUUAAAACGAUGUUAGAUCGAUAUAUGUUGUCCAAAAGGCCAACUCGCCGAACACAGAUCGAUGUAGUUGGAUCAUAGGAAUAUAAAUCGAUACAUCGAUGUAGUAGAUGGAUCGUUACACCCCUAAUAGAUAGAUGUUCAGGAAGGAAGUGUGCACACGCGCACACACACACAGAUGAGAUGGGACUCGGUGGGUGUGUGUGGGCGGGGGAUGUAGAAAGAGAGAGCAGUGUAGACUGGUCCAACCUAGAAUGGCUGUAGUAGAAGGCAUUCCCUUAGAAUGGAGAGAGGGAGACUAGAGGAGUAGAGGGAAGAGGAAGCAGUUAAAGGGAUACUUUGGGAUUUUGGCAAUGAAGCCCUUUAUCUACUUCCCCAGAAUCAGAUGAACUUGUGGAGACCAUUUGUAUGUCUCUGUGUCCAGUAUGAAGGAAGUUAGAUGUAGUUUCGUGAGCCAAUGCUAACUAGUGUUAGCGCAAUGACUGGAAGUCUAUGGGUAUCUGCUAGCAUGCUUUUCAAUGCUAGCAGAUACCAAUAGACUUCCAGUCAUUGCCCUAAUGCUAGUUAGCAUUGGCUCCAAAACUACCUCUAUCUUCCUUCAUACUGGACACAGAGAAAUACACACUUCUGUGUCCAGAGGGCCUCAUUGCCAAAAUCACAAAGUAUCCCUUUAAGGUUUGUAGGUCAGGCCAGAUUGAACUCCAUGGAGAUGCUGACCUUGUCAGCCUCCGCCCCCUCCUUGAAGGCAAACAGGAAGUACAUGACCUUGCGGACCUUGGCCAGCUCCGCGAUUCGCUCCCCAAACUCCUGGAUGUCCGCCUCCAGACACUUGAGGGGCAUGUCCUCCUUGUCGCCAGCGUUCCGCCAGAAUGUUCCGACGGGUUCUAGAAGCUGCCGGGUCAUCAGGUGUGUGAGGUCAGGGGUCCAGAGCUGGGAGAUCCCCGUGACAGUCACUCUGCCAUGGCCAAUCAGAGACACUGACCAGUGGACAAACGUCAGCUCCUGAUUGGCGAAGUCCAGACGGUAGACGGCCUCGUGGGGGAGGAGCAACCGUUCCCCCUCCUGUCGCUUCUGACCGCUCCGCUGCAGGGACUGGAAACGCAGCCGCAUCACCUAGCAACAAUAAUAAUAAUCAUAAUCAUAAUUAAUAGAAUAAUAAUAUAAUAUAACUAGCCUUUUGGCCACUCCACCGCUCCACUGAAGGGACUGGACACCCAGACGAAUCACAUUGUAGAAUAAUAAUACUAUAAUAAUACUUUUAUAAUAGUAUAACUAUAAUAUGCUGGACGUGCUGGAUACUCAGACGCAGGUACCAUUCAGUACAAGUCGACUCCUGAAAACUGUCCAAGCAUUUGUCGGUCCGAAUUUAAAUAGGCUACUUUGUUCUAGAUAAGCACAUAUUUAAGACGGUACCAAACUACUACACGUAGCAGAAGCCAAUUUGAAUUUUUUAUGUCUACUAGAAAAUACUUUAGGCAAAAGUGACUUACAGUAAACACAUUACGCAGUAUAUCAGACCCAUGCAAGAAUCAAACUCACAUCCAACUGAACCAUCGUGCUAUUUCAAUCAUCAACCAUCUCAACCUCAUCUCAACCACAUGAACAGUUUUACCUCAGUGAGAGAGGUGUCCUCUGCAAAGCGUAGCUCCAGGGCUGAGCCAGACGAGGGGGCCGCGGACAGGUCUGUGUUAAUCUGAGAGCUCAUCUUUCUGUGCUGGGGAGGGAGUGAGGCCUGCUUGUCUCUCUGGAUGGAUAUCUGUGUCUGUGCCUGCAGAUAGUUUUGCUGUGUUCCUCUCCCCCUCUGUCUCUGUCUCUUAUGCCAUCUCUUUCCCCUUCCCCUCCCUUUCCCAGAGGGUAGUAUGGUUGGGUUAGUUCUCUGGUUGGGACUAUUGAUUGUGUGGCAUGUACAGUGAGGGAGGGAGGGAUGGAGAACAGAAGUGAGGACUGGGUGUGUGUGGUGGCGCUAGGCAACAGGAAGUGAUGACAUCAGAAGAGGAACCAGGGAUUUUCCUGAGGGCUUCUGGGAACUGGUUGAUCAUAGCUGGAUGGGCUGGUUAUUAAUACACACACAGGGCUAGCUGGCUGUGUGUGUGUGUGUGUGUGUGUGUUUAUUUGUGUGGGUAUGCGCCUAUGUCUGUUUGUGGUGUGUAUGUGUGUAUUGUUGGAGUUUGGUUGUUAUGAUGCACUAGAAGGUUGCUUUUUUUGUUCUGUUUUAGUUAGCUGUGAUUAGGGCUGUUACGGUGACCGCAUUAUCGCCACAUCGGCGGUCACGAGUCAUGAUGGCAGUCAAAUUCCAUGUGACCGUUUAGUCACAGUAAUUAGGCUUCUCCAAGCUCUGAUGCUGCUGCUGGUCAUUAGUAGCCUACCAAACUUGCUAACUGCCUGGUACUCAGCACUCUAUUGUCCCUCUAAUCACUCUGAUAUCAAUGCAAAUUUAACUGAAAAUGUAAUCAAAUACUUAAUGAGAGCCCAUGAGCUCAUGUUGCGCAACAUUUCUAUUCUAUUGCAGCCUCUUAAAAAGAGAAUACUUCGGAAAGUAUUCAGACCCCUUGACUUUUUCCACAUUUUGUACAGCCUUAUUCUAAAAUGUAUAAAAAAAAAAAAAAAUCCUUCAUCAAUCUACAGACAAUACCCCAUAAUGACAAAGCAAAAACAGGUUUUUAUAAAUUUUUGCUAAUUUAUUAAAAAUAAACUGAAAUAUUACAUUUACAUAAGUAUUCAGACCCUUUACUCAGUACUUUGUUGAUACACCUUUGGCAGCGAUUACAGCCUCGAGUCUUCUUGGGUAUGACGCUACAAGCUUGGCACACCUGUAUUUGGGGAGUUUCUCUAAUUUUUCUCUGCAGAUCCUCUCAAGCUCUGUCAGGUUGGAUGGGGAGCGAGGCUGCACAGUUAUUUUCAGGUCUCUCCAGAGAUGUUCGAUCGGGUUCAAGUCUGGACUCUAGCUGGGCCACUCAAGGACAUUCAGAGACUUGUCCCGAAGCCACUCCUGCGUUGUCUUGGCUGUGUGCUUAGGGUCGUUGUCCUGUUGGAAGGUGAAUCUUCGCCCCAGUCUGAGGUCCUGAGCACCGGAGCAGGUUCAUGAAGGAUCUCUCUGUACUAGGGCCCUAUGUAGCUCAGUUGGUAGAGCAUGACGUUUGCAACGCCAGGGUUGUGGGUUCGAGUCCCACGGGGGGCCAGUAUGAAAAAAUAUAUAUAUAUGUAUGCACUCACUAUAACUGUAAGUCGCUCAGGAUAAGAGCGUCUGCUAAAUGACUAAAAUGUAAAUAUACUUUGCUCCGUUCAUCUUUGCCUCGAUCCUGACUAGUCUCCCAGUCCCUGCCGCUGAAAAACAUCCCCACAGCAUGAUGCUGCCACCACCAUGCUUCACCGUAGGUCAGAGUGACCAUCGGGUUAUUGGUCACCUCCCUGACCAAGACCCUUCUCCCCCGAUUGCUCAGUUUGGCCGGGUGGCCAGCUCUAGGAAGAGUCUUGGUGGUUCCAAACUUCUUCCAUUUACGAAUGAUGGAGGCCACUGUGUUCUUGGGGACCUACAAUGCUGCAGAAAUUGUUUGGUACCCUUUCCGAGGUCUGUGCCUCGACACAAUCCUGUCUCUGAGCUUUACGGACAAUUCCUUCGACCUGCUAAAUGUGUUUAUGUUAAUUAACGGUCAAUUACCGUGAGACCAGUAGUUAUUUGCUUGACAAUCACCAGCUGAAUAAAUGUCAUGACCUGUGACGUGUUCUUUUAAAUAUAUAUCUUUAAGGUAUUUUCAGAUUUUGUAUUGAGCAGAUAGUGAGAGAGACUGGCAGUGGGGAAAGUUGGAGGGAGAUUGUAUCAAAGUGUAAUAGGCCGUAUCCGAACCUAUGCCGAUACUGAAGACUUGUGCCGGAGGCUGCAGCAUUACCGCUAGACCAGCCAGGGCAUACAGCUGUGAUGUGUUCUAAGCAUCUUCUCUCCCUCCCAGGUGAUUCCGGACCAUAACGACCAGGAAUGGAAUGAGGAGAAGCCGGAAUCUUACGCCGGAAUUUUCCACUUCCGCUUCUGGCGCUUUGGAGAAUGGGUGGAUGUUGUCAUCGACGACCGGUUGCCCACGGCGAACGGCAACUUGGUGUAUUGUCACUCCAAUGACAGCAAUGAGUUCUGGAGCGCCCUGGUGGAGAAAGCCUACGCCAAGUUAGUACACACACACACACAAUGAUUUGGUGAGGAAGGCUUACGCCAAGUUAGUGCUAUAGUAGACUGUUGUGUUUGUGUAGGAUGUAUUGCUUUUGCUGAGUGUGUGUGUGUGUAGGAUGUAUGGGUGUUACGAGGCACUGGACGGGGGCAACACAGCGGAUGCAUUGGUGGAUUUCACGGGUGGCAUCUCGGAGCCCUUGGACCUUGUGGAGGAAGGGUUGAGUACGGACGAGGAGAAACGCUCAGUGCUUUUCGACAGAGUCCUCAAGGUCCACAGCAGAGGAGGCCUCAUCAGCGCCUCCAUACGGGUAUAACACACACACACAGAUGCGCACACACACACACACAGAUGCGCACACACACACACACACACACACACACACAAACAAACACACACACACACACACACACCUAUAGUCCUGACCGUUCACCACUCCCUCCAGGCGGCCAGUUCAGCGGAGAUGGAGGCUCGUCUGGCCUGUGGUCUGGUGAAGGGUCAUGCCUACGCUGUGACAGAUGUUAGAAAGGUCCGGCUGGGCCACGGCCUCAUGGCUUACUUCAAGUCCGACAAACUCACAAUGAUACGACUCCGAAACCCCUGGGGAGAGCGAGAGUGGAACGGCGCUUGGAGCGACAGGUAGGUUUUAAAAUGUUUGUUAUUUACCUUUAGUUAUACAAGAAGGCCCAUUGAGGUCAAAAUACCUCUUUCACAAGGAAGACCUAGCCUGGUAGAAGGGGGGAGGAGGAGAAUGUGUGCAGGGUGUCAAUUGGGUAUGGCAGGGUAUGGGAGUCGCCAUACCCUAGCUAGCUCAACACCAACAAUUUUAAAAUAGGCAACGAAAAUCGUUCAAAUCCCAUUUAAAAAGAAAAUGCAGUUUCGCGGCAUUAGUCGUCUGACUUUAGGACGAUGCGGAUGCCUGGGAGCGGGAGGAAACGCUGUUUGUAUGGCUGGCUGGCUUUAUGGAGAGCAGAGAUCUGUAUAUAAUGACGAGAUGCUCGUGUCUAAGCCCUAACAAUGGGAUUUGUUGCCCCAAAGGCGGGAAAGGAGGCGACAAGCUUAUGUCCAAAAUAAGCCCAUUGAAACGCAUUGCAAGAGUGAAACCUCUCGCUUCACCUCUUCCUCUCUGUGGAAAGCACAUCAAUGCAGUUGCAGGGAACAGCAUGACUUUUUUCCAACACAUUGCAGAGGUAAAUAUGGCUGUAGUAGAUUGGUUUCGCUAGGUAACUGCUGUUUGACUAGACAUGUAACUAAACAAGUUUUAAUACCGGUGCUGAUCUAGUGCAUAGCAGGCAGCUAAUGCUGGAGUACAUUUUGCUUGUUUUUGCUGUUCUCCAAAUUGCAUUUGAGAGUUUUUAAGUUGUGUAGAAUUGCAGUAAAUGAGCUUCUAUAUAUAUAUAUAUAUAUAUAUAUAUAUAUAUAUAUAUAUAUAUAUAUAUAUAUAAUUUAAUAUUUGGAGGAACCCCCAAGUCACUGGGUGUGUGUGUGUAUGUAUAUAUAGGCCUGUUCAUUACUCACUGCUCCCUCUGCUGGUGGAAAGAGGUAGUAUAGGCCAACAGGGAACCGGAGACCUUUAGCACAGAUUGUUUAUUCCUGUUAGAAUGUUUGUUUAAUUUAUAUCCUGUAUCAUAGGAAAAUUCAAAAAAAGCAUCUCGGCAGCAGAAGGUCUUGGGUAAACUGUGCAUUUGAGCCACUGUUGGUGUCCAUGUCUCAGAACCUUGAGUCCCCUACUCUAUCAGUUCUGUUCGGUUAGCAUUCUUUCACUCUACACAGCAAACCCUUCAGACAAACACUGAGUGAUAGAGAACUUAUCUCUCCUCUCUCCUCUGUCUCUCUCAGCUCAGAGGAGUGGGGGAAGGUGAGUAAGAGUGAAAGAGAGAAGAUCGGAGUGACGGUACAGGACGAUGGAGAAUUCUGGUGAGUUUUAACCUAUGACCUCUAGCCAUGACCCCUAACCUUUCCUCCACACGGCUGAGAAAAUGGAUGGCCAUAGGAUGAUGAAGCUUGAUGACAUCCCUUUUCCUGUCCCCCCCCCCCCCCAUUCCUCAUCCACCCCCCCUCCAGGAUGACAUUUGAUGACUUCUGUCAGUACUUCAGUGAUUUGAUCAUGUGUCGUCUGAUCAACACUUCCUACCUGUCUUUCCACAAGACCUGGGAGGAGGGCUCUCUAAAGGGCGCCUGGCAGAACCAUGACAACCCGCUCAGCAACCGCGCCGGGGGCUGCACCAACAACAAACACACCUUCCUACAGAACCCUCAGGUAGGAGUGGGGGUGGGGAUGGGGGGGGGGGCAUUUGUGUGUGUUUAUCUAUGUGUGUAUUAAUGUAUACAGUUGAAGUCAGAAGUUUACAUACACCUUAGCCAAAUACAUUUAAACUCAGUUUUUCACAGAUGGUACUCUGCUCAGAUGAGACUAAAAUUGAGCUUUUUGGCCAUCAAGGAAAACGCUAUGUCUGGCGCAAACCGAACACCUCUCAUCACCCCGAGAACACCAUUUAAAAAUGAAGAAAAACCCUUGAAUGAGUAGGUGUUCUAAAACUUUUGAUCUGUAGUGUAUACAGUUGAAGUCGUAAGUUCACAUACACCUUAGCCAAAUACAUUUAAACUCCGUUUUUCACAAUUCCUGACAUUUAAUCCUAGUAAAAAUUCCCAGUCUUAGGUCAGUUAGGAUCACCACUUUAUUUUAAGAAUGUGAAAUGUCAGAAUAAUAGUAGAGAGAAUGAUUUAUUUCAGCUUUUAUUUCUUUCAUCACAUUCCCAGUGGGUCAGAAGUUUACAUACACUCAAUUAGUAUUUGGUAGCAUUGCCUUUAAAUUGUUUAACUUAGGUCAAACGUUUCGGGUAGCCUUCCACAAGCUUCCCACAAUAAGUUGGGUGAAUUUUGGCCCAUUCCUUCUGACAGAGCUGGUGUAACUGAGUCAGGUUUGUAGGCCUCUUUGCUCGCACACGCUUUUUCAGUUCUGCCCACAGAUUUUCUAUAGGAUUGAGGUCAGGGCUUUGUGAUGGCCACUCCAAUACCUUGACUUUGUUGUCCUUAAGCCAUUUUGCCACAACUUUGGAAGUAUGCUUGGGGUCAUUGUCCAUUUGGAAGACCCAUUUGUGACCAAGCUUUAACUUCCUGACUGAUGUCUUGAUGUCUUGCUUCAAUAUAUACACAUAAUUUUCCUUCCUCAUGAUGCCAUCUAUUUUGUGAAGUGCAGCAAAGCACCCCCACAGCAUGAUGCUGCCACCCCCGUGCUUCAUGGUUGGGAUGCUGUUCUUCGGCUUGCAAGCCUCCCACUUUUUUCUCCAAACAUAAAGAUGGUCAUUAUGGCCAAACAGUUCUAUUUUUGUUUCAUCAGACCAGAGGACAUUUCUCUAAAAAGUACGAUCUUUGUCCCCAUGUGCAGUUGCAAACCGUAGUCUGGCUUUUUUAAGGCGGUUUUGGAGCAGUGGCUUCUUCCUUGCUGAGCGGCCUUUCAGGUUAUGUCGAUAUAGGACUUGUUUUACUGUGGAUAUAGAUACUUUUGUACCUGUUUCCUCCAGCAUCUUCACAAGGUCCUUUGCUGUUGUUCUGGGAUUGAUUUGCACUUUUCGCACCACAGUACGUUCAUCUCUAGGAGACAGAACGCGUCUCCUUCCUGAGCGGUAUGACGGCUGCGUGGUCCCAUGGUGUUUAUACUUGCGUACUAUUGUUUGUACAGAUGAACGUGGUACCUUCAGGCGUUUGGAAAUUGCUCCCAAGGAUGAAUCAGACUUGUGGAGGUCUACAAUUCUUUUCUGAGGUCUUGCCUGAUUUCUUUAGAUUUUCCCAUGAUGUCAAGCAAAGAGGCACCGAGUUUGAAGGUAGGCCUUGAAAUACAUCCACAGGUACACCUCCAAUAAACUCAAAUUAUGUCAAUUAGCCUAUCAGAAGCUUCUAAAGCCAUGACAUCAUUUUCUGGAAUUUUCCAAGCUGUUUUAAAGGCACAGUCAACUUAGUGUAUGUAAACAUCUGACCCACUGGAAUUGUGAUACAGUGAAUUAUAAGUGAAAUAAUCUGUCUGUAAACAAUUGUUGGAAAAAUUACUUGUGUCAUGCACAAAGUAGAUGUCCUAACCGACUUGCCAAAACUAUAGUUUGUUAACAAGAAAUUUGUGGAGUGGUUGAAAAACGAGUUUUAAUGACUCCAACCUAAGUGUAUGUAAACUUCCGACUUCAACUGUAGGACGUGUGUGUGUGUGUGUCUCCCUGCAGUAUGUGUUCAACGUGAAGAAGCCAGAGGAUGAGGUGCUGGUAUGUCUACAGCAGACAGACAGGAGAGCCAGACCUAAAGAGGGAAAGGGAGAAAACCUGGCUAUAGGCUUUGAGAUACACAGGGUGAGAAGUGUGUGUGCGCGUGUUUAUCACCUCAUGGUGUGUGGAAGUGUUAUUAAUGUGUGUAUUAAUGUGUUAAUUAAAAUGUGUGUGUGUGUGUGUAGGUGGAGUUGAACAGGCAGUACCGUAUGCACACUCGGCAGCAGAAGGUGUGUGGGAGUGUGUACAUCAACUCCAGGUGUGUGUUCCUACGCUAUGCCUUGAAGGAGGGUCGUUACGUUGUCAUACCCACAACCUUUGACCCCGCUCUGGAAGGAGACUUUUUGUUACGCAUCUUCACUGACGUCCCCGCCGACUGCAGGUACACACAUAUACUCACACACUCACACACUCACACACUCACUCUCCUCAUUAUCUCGCUCUCUCUCUCUCCCCCCCCAUAGAGAGUUAACCCUAGAUGAGCCAGCCCAGACGUGUUGGUCAGGACUGUGUGGUUUCCCUUCCCUGGUCACUCAGAUCCAUGUCCACAGAGCAGAUGGACUGGCUGGACAAGACUCUGAUGGAGGUAUACAAACCUUUCUUCUCUCCCUUCUCCGUCUGUUCUCUUUUCUUCUCUGGUCUGGUCUUCUUCUCCUCUUGACAGUCUGUAUGUGUGUGUUGCAGCUUCAGACCCAUACGUGAUCAUUCGUUGUGAGGGGGAGAAGGUUUGUUCUCCCGUCUUUAAAGACACUCGCAGCCCAACCUUCGACACCAAGGCUCUAUUCUACAGGAAGAAAACUAACCAGCCAAUACUGAUAGAGGUGAGGAGACUGGGCUGGGGGGGUGGGGUCUGUGUGUGCGCGCCAGUGGGUUAAAGAGGAGUUAGAGUGAACGUCACAAUUUGGGUUGUUUCUAUAAGUAACCGUUCUCUCAAUUAAAUUCAAUACAACUUUAUUCAUCCCCCAGGUGUAUAACAACAACGUGUUGAUGGAUUCCUUCCUGGGUCAGGUCAGUUUGACCUCUGAACCCGGCGACCCCCAGCAGGUUACCGUCCACCUGAGGGACAAGGGUAAUCACCAAGACAACGACCUCCCGGGCACGCUCACUGUCUCCAUGGUGACCAGCAACAUUCUCACUAACAUCUGACUAACCGUCAAUCAAUCAACCAAUCUAUCAAUCAGUGCCUUACUCCCACCGUCCAAUAGGAGAGAAGAGCCAUAAAUAUAC